AACACUCUCUAUAUUGUAAACAUAAAGGUGAAGCUAAAAGCUAUAUAUCUACUUGUUGUUCUGUUGUUUUCAGAUACCUUCGUUACUGAAGUCGAAUGGGGAAAGACGUACCUCUUGAGAAUCGUCAACGCAGCCCUGAACGACGAGCUCUUCUUCGCCAUCGCGGGCCAUAACAUGACCGUGGUGGAGAUCGACGCCGUCUACUGCAAGCCUUUCACAACCAGUGCUAUCCUGAUUACCCCAGGUCAGACCACAAACGUUCUUGUGACUGCCAACCAAGCUCCUGGCAGAUACUUCAUGGCCGCCAGGGAUUUCAACGACGCUCCCAUCCCUGUCGACAACAAAACUGCGACUGCUAUUCUCCAAUACAAAGGCGUUCCGGAUACUGUCAUCCCGGUCCUGCCUCAACUUCCAGCACAAAAUGACACUUCAUUCGUCGACACUUAUUCUAACAGUCUUCGGAGUCUCAACACACCGCAGUUCCCUGCUAAUGUCCCUCUCACAAUCGAUCGUCAUCUCUUCUUCACUGUCGGCCUUGGAAGAGACCCGUGCCCCACUUGCCUCAACAGCACCAAGCUAACUGCAUCCAUUAACAACGUCACCUUUGUGAUGCCCAAGAUUGGACUGCUUCAAGCACAUUACUUCAACAUCAACGGAGUUUUCAAAUUGGACUUCCCCGACAAGCCACCCGCACCAUUCAACUACACUGGAGCUCCCCUGACAGCCAACUUGGGAACUUCGCUCGGUACUAGACUUAGCAAACUGGCUUUCAACUCGACUGUCGAGCUCGUGCUUCAAGAUACAAAUCUUCUCACCGUCGAAUCUCACCCUUUCCAUCUCCACGGGUUCAACUUCUUCGUCGUGGGGAGGGGAGUCGGUAAUUUCGAUCCUGCAAAAGACCUGGCUAAGUUCAACUUGGUUGAUCCGCCAGAAAGGAACACUGUAGGAGUUCCUACAGGUGGUUGGACGGCAAUAAGGUUCAGAGCUGAUAAUCCAGGGGUUUGGUUCAUGCACUGUCAUCUGGAGCUGCACACUAUGUGGGGGCUGAAGAUGGCUUUUGUGGUGGAGAAUGGAAAUGGGCCUGAUCAAUCCAUACUGCCUCCUCCCAAUGAUCUUCCACCAUGCUAACUGAUCAGGCUAUAUCGCGACAUUAUUACUUCUUGUGUCUUAUUUGUUCUCCGAAAGUCGGAGGUCGUUUGCUGAUGGCGAUGGGGUUUGAAGAUGAUGAUCCUAGUCGUCAUUCAUUCAAGAAAUUUGUGAUUGCUUCGGGAAAUUGUUAAUCUUUGGUAUGAAUAAAAUGCUCAGGCAAGAAAACAAAAGUCCUCUUGCUGGAUAUGUAUAAGAAAUAAUUCUGACAGUUUUUCUCUUUUCUCUUUCUGUAAGUAGUCACUGGAUGUAAGUUUGUAACCAGUGGCACAACUAAAAUUGAGAACAAGAAUUCAGUGUUCAUGACCA